CCCCGCCUAUCCCUGCACGUCCCGCAAACCCCCGCGCUGCGCUGGCGCCGCCGCUUCAUCCGGUUCGGACACGCGCAUGGCUCGAAGCUGUGCAGUUCCGCGUGGCUGCAGCGCGCGUAUCGGACGCGAAGCGGGGCUGUGCAGGUUUGACAUGGUGAGACGAGGGUGUAGCACAUUUGUCUCGGGGUGGGGGGGUAAGAUGAGAGAGGAUGGGGUGGUGGUGAACUUGAACGCGGAGGUGCAAAUUGAAUAGGGGAACGAUGAUGUCGAGCGCGGAAGAUGGGGUGUGUGUAGAGCGUUUGAUGGAGUGGACGCGAUGGUAUGUUAUUGAAGUGUGGACUUGUCGUGGACAUCUUAUGGAUAAUGGUGUGCGUGGGUGCGAGACUGGCUUGACGCAAGACGUUUGCCAAACGAGAUUGUCUGAUGCGAGACCCCGUCCCAUUGACGCAGGUGCGUAUCCCGCCAGACUUUGUCUUUUGUUGUGCUUCUGCUUUGUGUCGCGCUUUGUUUGUCAAAUGUCUCAAUGCAAGACAGUAGCGUCCUGGCCGCUUCCAACCUCGCACUCGUGCAGCUAUGUCAUGUGCUCGUACAGAAUGGCUGAUUCAUCACCGUAUACCUUGCCCAGCCUCGCGUUCCGCUCGCAGCGCUGGAGCUCGGCGGUCACGGCGCGGAGUUGCUGGAAAUUAGCAUCGCGGGUGCGUCCCCAGUCGCGAGCAGCAGCGGUAAGAAGAUGCCGCUGGCGGAUCCUCAACAGGGCGUCGCUGUAGAUCGCGUCGUUCUCGUCCGCCACAUCCAUGGCCUGGGCUUCGAGACAUCGGCGGCAGUCCUGGGCGUGGCGGAUGCGACCGCGGUCGGUGCAGAAUGUGUGCGUGUUGGUGUGGCUCGACUUCAACACACGAGCCGAGUUGGUGUGGCUCGACUUCAACACACGAGCCGACGACCCACUGCGCGAAC